UACAAGUAUUGCGUGCUCUGGCAGCGAGCAAGACGAACGGCAGACACACCAGGCAGCUCUGUUCGCCGCCACCGCCGGCAGUCUGGCAGACUCUCUGCCAUGGAGGCAUGGACAUGCACCGCCUACUUCAAAUUCACUCCUCACUCCUAUUCCCUGGGGCGGUCAGCUUUCCGGCCGGGGAACGGGAUGCAAGCGAUCACAGGCGGCGGGUGGUCGUCACACUUGCAAGCAGAUUGCAGAAGAGACAAUGGGGCCGGACAGUCAGAGCCCAAAGGACCAGCAUGUUUGCCGUCCAUCGCAUCGCAUCAUGGUUUGGCAUCGCCAUGCGGCCAAGCUUCAGCUCCACGCCUGCCUGCACUAUAUAUAUAAGCCUGCGCAGCCACGCACCGAUUAUCUGCGUGCACUGCGAAGGCAGAGCGAGACAGAGCCCCAGCUCAACGCAAGACAAAACACAAACACCUGCCGUGCAAGCAUGGAUGCAGGCAACAAGCCGAGCAUGACUGAGUAAUAAUGUUGUGGGCUUGUGGCACCCCCAGCCCCAAGAUCCGUAAACGGAAGCUCAGCUGCAAUUUUGGUCAGUUGCUUUAGUAUUUAAAUCGAGUGUCCUUGCGGCUUGCGCCCAAGUCGCUCCCUAUAUAAGCCAGUCCCCGGUGCUAGAGUGACUGGCGGGGGGCACGGGAUUGAGCCGCCUAUAUGAACAGCCUCCUCAGCAGGAUCGGCGGCGCCGUCCGCUCACCGAUGGCGUCCGCGGCCAUCGCUGGCGUCGGCGGCACACAUAGGCGGCCGCCGUGGCUCAGUGUGGAAAUGGAAAGGACAAGAGCCAGGGGUUGUUGCGGCUGCAGCUGUAGCGGCACCAAGAUGGAGACGGAACGUGGGGACACGAGGCUCGUGGUGAUCGUGGGGGCAACAGGCACGGGCAAGACCAAGCUGUCCAUCGACGCGGCACAGGAGCUCGAUGGCGAGGUGAUGAACGCCGACAAGAUCCAGCUUUACCACGGCCUCGACGUCACCACCAACAAGGUGAUGCCCGCCGACCGCCGCGGCGUCGCCCACCACCUCCUCGGCGCCGUCCCCGCCGACGCCGGCGAGCUGCCCGCCUCGUCCUUCCGCUCGCUCGCCGCCGCCAAGGCGGCCGACAUAGCGGCGCGCGGGCGCGUGCCAGUGGUGGCCGGCGGCUCCAACUCUCUCAUCCACGCCUUCCUCGCCCAGCGAUUUGACGGCCACGCCCCUCGGGACCCUUUCGCCGCUACGGCGACCAGAUACCGGCCGGCGCUCAGGUUCCCGUGCUGUCUCCUCUGGGUCCAUGUCGACGAGGCAGUUCUCGACGAAUACCUCGAUCGGCGCGUCGACGACAUGCUGGGUCAGGGCAUGGUGGAGGAGCUCCGCGAAUACUUCGCGACAACGUCGGACUCCGAGCGGGCCUCGCACGCCGGGCUGCGCAAAGCCAUCGGCGUGCCGGAGAUCGGAGACUACCUCGCUGGGCGUAAGAGCCUCCGCACGGCGGUAGACGAGAUCAAGGAGAACACGAGGGUGCUCGCGGCGGCGCAGGUCGGCAAGAUCCGGCGCAUGGCAGACGGCUGGGGCUGGCCCGUUCGGCGCCUCGACGCCACCGGCACCGUCCUCGCGCGGCUCGCGGGCGCCGGGCGCGACGCCGAGGCCGCGGCGUGGCAUCGCGACGUGCGCGGGCCGGGCCUCGCCGCCAUGCGGCAGUUCCUGCGCAGUCAAGGACUGCCCGGACACAACGACGACGCCGAUGACGAGGACGGCUUGAGACAAUGCCGUGGCAUGGUGGGGUAACAGGAACAUGAAAAAGCCUGAGAGCUUUUCGGGUUCGGGCGCCACGACGAGGCCGCGGCCGCGGCGUGGGAUCGCGACAUGCCCGCCCGGGCCGGGCGUCGCCGCCAUGCGGCAGUUCCAGCGCAGCCAAGGACUGUCCGGACACAAGGACGACGCCGAUGACAUGGACGGGUCAGUCGCCCGGAGACAAUGCUCGUGGCAUGGUGAGGCUAGAAGAACUUUUUGGGUUCAAAAUUUUUCUAUAGGCCGCCGAUUUUGGAGGGCCCGGCGGCUGAUCGGUGGGGGCCAUGGUGGUGCCACGGCGAAUGGCACAACGAUAGAACACUGGAGACAAGACAAGAGAACUGUCAAGUUUUCGUCCCAAGUUUUGCAGGGGGGCUGUGAAUUCUCUCUCCAUCUCUCCCUGGAUCGAGAGGCUCUUCUUCUUCUUCCUUCUUCUUCAAGAUCUUCUCUAGCUAGCCACACAACACCGCUGUAUAGUGCUACAGUCUAAUCUGGCACACCAUGUUCAAAAUUUGAAAUGGUUUUGCUUUUUGCU